AUGAAAAAAUAUUACGUAAAUGUCACCACCGAAAACUCUUUUGCUUCUCUACAGGAUGAUGACGAGGAAACAUCGCUAUCAGCCACUUUGUUAAAUCAUAGCUUCCCUAUCUUAAAUACAAAUGUGUACCAGGAAUUAGAAGAGUAUAAAUUAAAAUUGACCGAAAAGCAAGAACAACUCCAAAUUACUGAAAAUGAACUUGAGGAGUUACUGUCGGAAAACGUGAAGCUAAAGGAAGAACUACAAACAUACAGGAGGAAUAACGCUAGACUUAUCAAGUUUGGAAAUUCUCCUAUACCAAGUCAUAAAUACAAAAAAAAUAAUAAAGUGUUAAAUAGUACCCCUAACGCAAGUCCCAAUAAGGAUCAGCUAAUAGCAACUUUAAAGGAUGAAAUUUCUUGUCUAGAGAUUGAAUUGGAAAAAAUCUAUAUAGAAUUGAAUUUUCUGCGCCACUAUAUUGAAUUAAUUGAUGUAAAAGAGUUGACAUUGCUACCAAAAAAUGUACCAUUUACAUCAACAAAAUCUUCUAAACCCAACGUAGAGCACACUUAG